AUGGAAGCAGAGGGAUCAUCCAAAGGAAAGCAACGUGUUUGGACAGCUGAAGAAGAUGCCUUGCUUGUUGAUGCACUGCUAGUUCUUCAUGAACAGGGCUGUUUAAUUUCUGAUAAUGGUUUUAAGACAGGAAUAUUUACUCAAUUGCAGAAAAUGUUGACUGAAAAGUCUCCUCGAUGUGGCAUUAAGGCUGAUCCUCACAUUAGAUCUCGUUUGAAGACGUUAAAAGUGAAUUGGCAAGCCCUAUAUGACAUGGUUAAUGGAACUAAUACAUCAGGAUUUGGAUGGGAUCCAGAAAAUCAUUGUGUUACAGCUGAAAAGGUGGUGUGGGAUGAGUGCAUAAAGAGCAACAAAAAGGCUUCACAUCUUCGUGGAAAAACUUUUCCCCAUUUUAAUGCAUUAUGCACAAUAUUUGGAAAAGAUAGAGCUACUGGAAAAGGGUCAAUUUCUGGAUUGGAAGGUGAUCAACUUGAUGAAAGUGAAAUUUCCCCACAACUUGAUGCAGAAAACAUUGAUGAUGAUGUUGAUUUUGGAGAAGAAACAGAACCUUCAGUUGCUGCUACAAUUGGAGAAGCCAAUACUGCUACAACUACAAGUAGGAAGAGGAGAAGAAACAGUAGUGAUCGUGAUGAACUUUACAUGGAAGGGCUUGAGAAAAUAAUGACUAUUACUUGUCAAGGGAUUCAAGAAGCUACUGCAACUUUGGGAUCUCAUGUUCAGAAGCUUGCAAGGGCUGCUGUGUUAGAUAAAAAACGUGACUCUCUUUAUAAUGAGUUAUGCAAUUUGAAGGAGCUAUCUUCUCAUGAGAUACAUGAUGCAUUAUUUAAAAUUAACAAGGAUGAAAAUACCCUUGCUAUCUUCUCAAGCCUUCCAUAUGAGGCAAAGUUAGAAAUGGUUCGUAGGGUGCUUGCGUAG